UCAUUUUAUACAACUUUCUACAACCACACAUAUAUAAGAAAAAACUUAUAUAUAAAAUCAAGCUGAUAUAAAAUCAAGCGACUCGUUCGCCACCUCUAUUAACAGACCCGAAAAAUGGAAGUUAACAACAACAACAACAACAACAAAGGAAACUCGGCGUCUAAGUAUAGGGGAGUCCGGAGGCGACCGUGGGGGAAGUUUGCGGCCGAGAUACGCGAUCCUAAAAGAAACGGGGCUCGUUUGUGGCUCGGAACUUUUGAAACGGCCGAGGAGGCGGCUCGAGCUUACGAUAGGGCGGCGUACGCCUUGAGAGGUCACCUAGCUAUACUCAAUUUCCCUAAUGAGCAACACUAUCAUUCUAAUGAUGGUGGUUUGUCAAUUAAUAGUGGUUUUGGAAAUAGUAGUAGUAGGGGAAGUUCUUCCUCUUCUACAUUAUUGUCUAGGGAACAAGAAGAUCAAAGACAAGUUAUUGAGUUUGAGUAUGUUGAUGAUAAUGUGUUAGAGGAACUUCUUGAUCCACAACAUGAUCAAGGGAUAUACAAGUUUUAAUUAAUUAGGUAGUUAAAACUAAUAAUUAAUAUCCUUAAUUAGUAUGUUUUUUUAAUAUAUCCUUAAUUCAAUAAACUCUACAUCAAGUUUAUGAUGUACGUACGUACGUACCACUUAAUUAGCAUUUUACAUCUUCUUUUUCUACCUCAUUUUGAGUUUUUGUUUAUAUAAAUUGAUCAACCAAUAACUAUGAAUUAUACGAAUCCUAAUUAAGGUUUAGUAUACAUUUGUAAUCCUCAAGGUUCUUGCUUGUAUGUAAACACGUAUAUUCUAUU